AUGUCUGAUAUUGAUAUUGGUAUAAUAAAACAAGAAGUUUUAUCGUUACUUGUUUCUGCUAAGUAUGGACUUACUGAACGUGACUUACUUAACGAUUAUCGCACAUAUAAUUCCAACAAAGAUCUCCCAUAUAAAGAAUUAGGCUUUCCAUCAUUAAUCUUAUUGUUACGCUCUUGGCCAGAUGUUUGUCGUAUUCAACAACAAGGAAAUAAUGGUCCAAUUAAAAUUCUUGCUAUGGAAGAGGAAAGUACGAAACACAUUCUAUCAAUGGUUAAGGGCCAACGUGAAGGGAAAUCUCGACGGCGCGCUCGAGGUGGGCACAAUCGAGGGCGUGGUCGUGGACAUCAUUCAAAUCGUGAUAAUCAUGAUGCUCGAUUUUCAGAUCAUGUUUAUAAUAACAGAUCUCGUGGUAAUGGUCGCGGCGCAUUAAAUACUCGUCUCGCUCACAAUAAUAACCGUUUCGAUCGGUCGAAUGCAUCCAACCAGCACCCUAAAACACGAGGAAAUAUUUCUGCUUCACCUCGAUUUGCCAAGCAACAAUCACAAACGAGACCAUAUGGAUCAGGCUCUGUACAAUCUACAUUUAGUUCUCGACAAACGACGAAUUUCUCUACUGCUGCUGAUCGUCAAGUUAUUAACAAUUCUGCAUCAUUACGAAUUACUUUCAACAAUACAGCCACUGACAACGAUAUUCAACAAUCACCAACUACACCACAACAGUUCUUAGAAAAUGAGAUCAACGAAGAAGAAUAUCAGUACGAUGAAGAAGUCGAAGAUGCAGUCAUCAAUAAUCUUCAAACUCUUCUUACACAAUAUCCUUAUGGCGUUCGUCUUCUAGCUUUAGAUAAUCUCUACAAAGAAAAAUAUGGCAAAAGUCUUCUGGCUGAAUUGAAAAUUACCAAUAUCCUACUGUUACAAGACAUCGUUGACGAUUUCGCUUGUAUUCUUCGUCGUGAAGAAGCAGAUGGUUCCUGUGAUCAUAUUAUUACACUUAAAGAUCCCAAACAAGUGGAACAGACCCAAGCACAUGCUUUACAACAGAUCACCGAUUCAGGAGUUGUUCCGUCAACAUUUCGCUAUGCAAAUAACCUCUUUACGUACAUAAAUGAUCCACGUUUUCAAGGAUUCGUAUCUGAAAUUGAUAAAAACGAGCAUUGCUUGCACAUCCAACCAGUUCGGUAUCAAGAGCAUAUUGAGACUUUAAUGGAAGAGCUUGAUUCAUACUACUCAAGUACACAAUCCAACGCAUUGAUUAUCAAAGAUCUUGAGGCAGGUUUAUCUUGUGUAACACAAUACGAUCAUGCAUAUCAUCGUGUAUUCAUCAAGGAAACUGAUCUCUAUCGAUGUGUUAUUGUCUAUAUUGAUUACGGAACAGUAGAAGAAGUAAAUAAAGAAGAUCGACAGUUUAAAUAUUUGUUAAAUCAUUUUGCGGAAUUACCUUGUAUGGCAAUAGCAUGUCGGUUGGAUGAUGUUUACUUUUUACCAGAUGAUACUCAAUGGGCACCGGACACGUAUAAUGAAGUGUAUCAAUUGUGUAAAAAUACACCGUUCUUUAUUGAACCAACAGACCGUUUAAAUGGACUUUUAACUAUUCGUAUUUUCGAUGCAGAUAAUCGAUCUCUAAACGAUAUUGUAAUUGAAUGGAACCUUGCGGUAAGAUUGUCUGAGAUGUCUAACAACGAACAGGCGCGACAUCAUGGUCCAAAACCUGUACAAUUAACAUUUGAGAUUUUGGAUCAUGCUGUUCAGUGUCCAUUACCAACUUCUGAUCCAUCAACACCAGAAAGUAAUACAACUAACGCCGUCUUUCAAUUUCCAGAUCAAACGACUUCAAUACAAACGAACAAUCAUCUUUCAAAUACCGAACACCGAUGUAAAUUGGUUCCGAUUGAUGAAAUGAAUGUUCUGUGUCUUAUUCGUCACACGAAUGAUCGACCACAUAUUCCAUGUUUCAACUUAGCACAACUUCUUAAUGCAUCAGAAUCAGAUAUUCUCUCACAGACAUUAUUAUCGCGCACACGUCUUCAACUAACAGAUGAAUAUCGUUCAGUAUACGACUUCUAUAGACAAAGAAAUCUGACCUGUUGUUUACAUAUUCAUCAGAAUUUCCUUUUUGUAUUUGAUUUAAUAUCGACAAUGAAAUUCAUUGAACAGUUGACACUACCAGGCGGAGAAAUACUCGUCGAAGCUCUACAUGAACAUGUCAACGCAUCCAGUAAUCCACAGUUUUGGAAGAAUGAUUAUGAAUAUCGCAAACCAUCGACAAAUCAAUCUUCAGAUCAGAAGAACAUAGAACGUUACAAUGAACUCCUAGAACGCCGUAGAAAUAUAUUGUGCAAUAUGCUGCGCAUUGAUGAUAUUCAUGUAUGCAGUCUGCAACUUGAAUCAAUCGAAAACGAACUUCAAACACUAAUUGAACAGAUGCGUGUGGGUGCCCCAUCUCAGCAGAACACGAAGACACCAUUAUCAAAUCCGCCUGGAUUUUCUACAACUAUUCAAAAUAAUCGACAACCAAAUUCAAAUGAUAAAUUGAAGGAUCUAAUGGAGCGUUGUAAAAAGCUAAUUAAUACUAUUCUUAUACUCAAUGAUUAUGUCGAUGUUGAUGACAAUGUGACAAAUUAUAUUCAAACAAAUCUUGCAUAUUUAGGCACGAAAAAGAAAUCCUCGCAAGACGAACAAUUGAAAAAAGAUUACUCUGACUUUCUGGAGAAUUUGACAUUGAUUGUCAAUGAUCUUCAACAUCAACUUCCUCUUCCUGUUCCAUAUUGA